CAAUUUGACAGUUCUACGCCUAGGCAGCAAGGCACUGUUCUAUCCAGUAUUCGAGCUUUUGAAUUUUUCUCAGAACUUAUUUUUCUUGGUCUUCAGUCCAAAAUGAAUUGUGUUUGCCCUAUAUUUUUUGUAUUCAUAUUUGGAGAACUAGUAUUUACAGCACCAACUAACAAUGAAGAUAAAUUUCUUAUACAUGAUUUGGAAGUGGAAUCAUUUGGGGCAGACACAAGUUACGAAUCUGAAGAUGAGCCACAAGAAAUAAAACAAGCAAAGCUAGAAGAAAAGGCAAUUCCCACAUUUGUUGAUGCCGACAUAAACCAUGAAAUAGGACAUUUACGGGCUAUCAGGUCCCCAACAGAAGAACCAGAAGCAGAAGCAGAGAGUCCAUCCAUUGACAUGCCAACUUGCCUUUUGUGUGUUUGCUUAACUGGUUCCGUGUAUUGUGAAGAGACCGACAUUGAUGCCAUUCCAAUGUUGCCAAAAGAGACAUCACACCUUUAUGCACGCUAUAAUCAGAUUAAAAAGGUCACUGUAAAAGACUUCGCUGAUUUCCCAACUUUGAGGAGGAUCGAUCUAAGUGGAAACCUGAUUACUGAAAUAGAAGAUAAAGCCUUCUCACAGCUGCCAAAUCUGGAGCACCUGACACUUUCUGAAAAUAAAUUGCUCCGUCUGCCAGCCUUACCUCCAAAACUCAGAUUUCUUGCUGCACAACACAACCGUAUUAAAAGCAAUGGAAUUAAACGCAAUGCUUUUAAGAACUUGGCUAGGCUUGAAUUUAUCUACCUAGGAUACAAUCGGCUGGACAAAGUACCCGCCAACCUGCCUGAAAACAUCCGUGUACUUCAUUUACAGCAUAAUAAUAUAUCUACUAUUACGGAUAGUACGUUUUGCAAGCCCCAAGACUCCAGUUUUAUCCGUGAACGUCUGACUGAGAUUCGGCUUGAAGAAAAUCCUGUCAAUUUGGCAGAAUACCCAAACAGUUACAUCUGCUUGAGAAGACUGCCCAUUGGAAAACCAUAUUUUGGGAGAAUAUAUUAGUCCAAAAAUAGUUAUGCCUCAAUCAGAAACAAUUCAGUGAUUGUGACAGAAAAUUGCAUUCUAAAGCAUAUUCUCAUUCGUUAUUAUAUCAUCAUACUCAUGAGCUUUAUUAUGAUACUUGUGUCAUACCAAUACUUUUAUAUUUAACAACAUAUUGCUUUUUUUCAACACAGCAUUAUCCCAAAGUAAUAUCACGUUUCAUUUCAUGCCAAAAAUUCAACUAAUUUGUUGCAGAAACAGCUUCUGACAUAUUACACACUAAGUUGUCACCUAUGUUUAUUUUCAUAUAAUUAAAGUUGCACACAUUACUGUUUGACUUUCUAUGUAAUAUUUUGUAAUAUAUUGUUGAGCUACAUCUGACUCACUUGCGACUGCAUGUAGUUUUACAUACUGUGCUUCUCUUUAACAUGAUCAUUUUACAGUAAUGCAACAACACUAAAAACAUUAGCUUUUCUUACAUGAAGCCAUUUAAACAAAAACAGCUUUGCAAAAGUAUGAUUUGCAAUCCAAUAAUUUUAAUGCAAUUAAUUCAAGUGGAAUAUCAGAAAUCAAUUAUGCAUCUCAAAAGAUAGAAUUCUACUAAACUAUAAUUACAACCUUUACAACCUAUUAUUCAUUUGUCACCUUGCCAACACACCUACAUCCAUUCUCAUUCCAUGGCCUGCAUUAUGUUAACUUCAUGCAUCACGAAUAUUUCGUGACAGAAAUUAUAACCUUGUCAGUAUAUGGAAAAGGAGAAGGUGAGCACUGAAAACGCUGGAGAUCAGAGUUGAGAAAAUAGUGCUGGAAAAGCACAGCAGGUCAGGCAGCAUCUGAGAAGUAGGAGAAUCAAUGUUUCGAGCAUAAGCCCUUAUCAGGAAGGGGGCUUAUGGGUCGGAGGGCUGAGAUAAAUGGGAGGGGGCUGGGGUCAGGGGGAAGGUAGCUGAGAAUGUGAUUGGUAGAUGAUGGUGGGGAGAAGGUGAUAAGUCAGAGAGGAGGGUGGAGCGGAUACAUGGGUAUGGUGAUGUACAGGUCAAGAGAUCGGUGCAGAGUUGGAGUCUUGGGAUUGGGACAAUGUGGGGGUUGGGGAAAUGAGGAAACUGGUGAAAUCCACAUUGAUCCCUUGUGGUUGCAUAUAUGAAUAAAUUGAGCUAAAAUCA